AUGCACUCAAGAGCUUACUGGUUGCUGGAAAGAGAGUUUCAGGAGUAUCGAAACGCCCGCGUCUUUGGUAUUUCUGUUACACCUAUAGGAGAUAACUUGAUGGAAUGGGUUGCUGAGAUCCAAGGGCUGAAGGAUUCUCUAUGGGAAGGAGCUGUACUCCAAGUGGCAAUGAAGUAUACUGAAAAUUACAACAAAGUACCUCCAAGCAUCCAUUUCACCACUAUUCCUUUCCAUCCUAACGUGGACCCAGAUUCUGGGAGACCUUGUGUGGAUUUUCUAGAUGAUCCUACCAAGUGGAACAUGAAGUUAACCAUGAGUAGUAUCCUGCUUACUAUUCAGGUUAUGCUGUCUAAUCCAGUUCUGGAUAAUGCAGUAAAUAUGGAGGCAGCGAAAAUGCUGAAGAACAACAUUUCCCUGUAUAGAAAAAGAGUUAUACGGUGUGUUACCGCUAGCCAGCGCCUAGAAGCUAUUGCUAGCACAGAGAAGACAUCUACAACUUCGAUCAGAUUUUAUGCUGUACCUGAAGAAUCUGCUCCUGAACAACCAAGAAGUUCUGCAAGGUUAUCAUAUGAAGAUUAUUAUUUGACAUGGUUUCAAAUAGCCACAUCAAAAGCAGAUGGAGAAUUUAAAAAGGCAGUAUUUGAUGACCCAGACUUCAUAGCCAACCGCUAUGAAUGGAAGGCCAUGAAUGCGACUAAAGGUGAAUGGGAUGAAGAUAUACAUAGAAUACUUCUCUCUGACCUUAUUAAAAAACGGAAGAACCCCGAACAUUUUGAAGUAAGAGAAAAUAUCUCAAGCAUAACUCCAGUGCCAUCUGAGUGCCAUGAAAAACCUAUUAUAGCAGAUAAGAUUCAAAGCAAAAGUCAGGAAGAAGAGCACUGGGAGCAAGAAGUUGAAGAUUUAGUAAAUUGGUCAAACACUCUUGUUGAAUAA